AUGCCGUGGUUGGGAACUGUGCGAACAGAGUCCACCGUUUUUGACCUGAAAUGUAUCGGCAAUCAGAAUGGGCAGAGUGUUGAAGAGUUUAUUGGUUGUAAAGCAAAAGACAUGCUCCGCAAUCUUCGCCACGUCAAAAUCGGCACUCGUUUACUUCGGGAACAAUUGGAGCCAACUGGGGUCUCUUCAGACAAGGGAUUCAUCUUUUUAUGCAACAAAACCAACAAUAUGGCUGUUUGGGAGCCGGUUGGCUGUUGGGCCCUCUCCGGCGCCAAUGUUUCCCACUUUAACUUUGGACAGAAAAAGGAAAUCAAAGAUAUGACUGGGAAGAAGAAUCGAAAUAUAACGUGUGAAAUGAUCGGCAAAAAUGCCCACGUUUUCGCGAGUCAAUUGAUU